UCCACGUCAAGUCAACUUGCAACCAUGGACGGUGGUAUUCUGGAACCUUCUUUGUACACAGUGAAGGCGAUGGCCAUCCUAGAUAAUGAUGGCAACCGUAUGCUUGCUAAGUAUUACGAUGACCAAUUCUCUACAGCAAAGGAACAAAAACAGUUUGAGAAGAAUUUAUUCAACAAAACACACAGAGCUAAUUCGGAAAUUAUAAUGUUUGAAGGACUUACAUGUGUUUACAAGAGCAAUGUUGAUCUAUUUUUCUAUGUUGUGGGUAGCUCACAAGAAAAUGAGCUGAUUUUAGCAAGUGUUCUCAAUGCCUUGUAUGAUGCUGUCAACCAAAUCCUUCGUAAAAAUGUGGAGAAGAGGGCAUUGUUUGAGAACUUGGAUGCAGUAUAUUUAGCUGUUGAUGAGAUCUGUGAUGGCGGGAUAAUCUUAGAUGCUGACUCCAUGUCAAUAGUACAGAAGGUAGCAAUCAGGACAGAUGAUAUACCCCUGGGAGAACAAACCGUGGCACAGGUUCUUCAAAGUGCUAAAGAACAGAUAAAAUGGUCAUUACUGAAAUGAUGGACAAAAAUAUUUUUAUCGUUUUCUUGAUCAUGGACUGCAGAUAAGUUUACAUGCUGGGGAAGGUAAAAUUUGACAGUUUACUUGCAGCAUUUGCAUUGCCUUGGCAACCUGAACAUUUUAGUAUAACAUUGGUUUCCCAUGGCGACAGCAAGGAGAAGUCAUUGUGUGAUACAACUACACUUUAUUUGGGGUGCUGGGUUACAGGGGCUGAUACAAAUUAUAUGCUAUUUGUCUUUUUUGAUAAAGUGGUAUAAAAUUGAUAUUUCUCAAAGUACAUAUUUGUAGGAUUUGAAUAUAUAAAUGCUAAUCAGCAGAUGUUCCGAUGUAAUGUUUGAUAAAGUGAUAAUAUCUUUGUAAAAUCUCUCCUGCUUUCUUCUGAGAGUUCAGGGAAAAAAAUGACAGGAAUCACCACAAAAAAAACACUUACAUAUACCAGGCACUUUCAGAGUACUGUGGCUAGAUCUUUCUUUAAAAUUCCUUCAGAGAUCUGGUUAAAGGAAACAUUUUAAAAAAAAGAAGAUUUUUGCAAGUUUGAAAUCAGGAAUCAUUCUAACUAUUUCAGAGAUAACAUUUGUAAGUGGUGUUAGUUUCUGUGUUUACUGUCGUUGAAGCGUAGAGUUUCAUUACAGUUGUCUUUGUCUGGAUAUUUGAAAAUGAGAGAGAAUGUAUUAUAUUGAUGCUACAAAAUAUACCAUGUACUUUUUCAUUAAUUGAAAAGAUAGAGUUUAUAACUUAGAUUAUAAAUUUUGUGAUGAUUAAAAACAAGAUUACACUGUUUUAAGGCUAUAUACAGUACAUGUUUGACUAUACUUACCCCAUGGCCUGUAUACAGUGAUUUGGACAUGGAUACAUAUAAUGUCUGACACAUGAAAACAGGAAUCAGCAACAGCCAGGAUGGAAAUGAAGGCAUUCCUCUUCUACCUAACAUUUGUUGCAGAUAUCUUUAUAUAUUUGUGUCGUAAUGAAAAUGUCUUUGUCAUGAUUCUGUAACCUUAGAUUUGAAUUCAAGUGCAAAGAUUUUAUUGAUGUUUAUGAUAUCAUGGUACUGGUCAGUGUUGCAGAUAGAAAGGAUAAAUGUAGAUUUGUCAUUUAAAAAGGUUCCAGUAAACCAUCUAUUUAACCAUAGGACUCCAAAGUUAAAUUUUCCUAUCCAUGGUUCAGUUUCCUGUCUAUUACUUCUUAUCAAAUUAUUGAGUAAAUUUUAUGGGUGAUACAACUGAACGAAAUCUUGAGUCCCUAUGUGAGAUAGAUGUUUUACUUGAAAAGCCCUUACGAUGCAUUACUCAUAUGGAUAUGUAUAUGAAUGAUCAUAUUUGUCAUCAAAAAUUUCAUUUGCUAUUUGUGAGUAAGAAUGAAAGUAAAUAAAUUAUUCAUGAAACCUAAUAAA